AUGGUUGCUGAUGAACCUGCAAAUACAGUUGCUUUUAAUGGUAGAUGGACUGCAGACUAUAAGUAUCUUGAUCAUCAAACAAAGCUUGUUCUAGUACCUGAGGCAAUUCGAUUUGAAGAUUUCAUUAAACAGAUCUUUGAAGUUAUUGAAUUGGAUAGAGACAAGUUUGAAGCAAUGAUAUGGUUUGAUAUCAACCUGGGAACAAGCAAGGGAAUGCUUGUAUCCAAAGAUUUAGAUCUUCACACAUGUAUAGAGUUACUAAAAAGUCAUUCACUCUUCAAGGGCUAUCGUUUCAUUGUUGAUGUUUCGGAAAGAAUUUUUGGAUCUACAAGCACCUUUGAACAUGUCAACAGAGAAAAUCAACAUGACAAUCAAAACAAAUGCCAACAGAUAAUGGAAAUAGAUAUGGUUGAAGCUCAACCAAUAACUGAAGAGGUGAUUCAAACAUUUGAUUCUAUUCAAGUGGAAGGACAAAGCAUUAUAGAGAUUGACAACGAACAAGCUUUGGGUAUUCAAGUCUUAGAGAGUGCACCGGUUGUUAGAUCAAGCUCAACAAGAUAUUCGUUGAAAUGCAAUGAUGAUAGGUGUGGGUGGUGUGUGCGUGCUUUCAGAAUUAAAGAUUCAACACUGUUCAAGAUAAUAAAGAUUGAGAAAAAUCAUGACUGCUCAGUUAACACUAUGAAAGCUGAUCAAAGGCAUGCAACUUCAAAGUUGAUUAGUGGUUACAUUAUUGACAAUCUUCGAGACCCAAGGUUUGAAGUUACACCAGCUUUUGUCAUGGCAGAAAUGCAAAAAUCGCAUGGACUAGACAUUGGGUAUCACAAGGCAUGGCGUGCUAUUCAACGUGCUUCAGCUUUAAUAAGAGGAACUCCUGAAGAGAAUUAUGAAUUAUUGUCUUCAUACUUGUAUAUGAUGAAAAGUAAAAACCCGGGAACAUAUACUAACAUAAAGAUAGACGAUGACAACAGGUUUCUUUAUAUGUUUUAUGCAUAUGGAUCAUCAAUAACUGGUUGGAAUCAUUGUAGACCAGUGAUUGCUAUUGAUGCAACUUUUUUGAAGUCAAAAUUUUGUGGUGUUUUAAUGAUUACAGUUUCAAAGGAUGCAAAUAACCAAAUUUUCCCACAAGCCUUUGGAAUUGUAGAAUCUGAAAAUAACAAUUCCUAUGAGUGGUAUAUCCUGAAAGCCACCAUGGGAUUUAUCUAUCAUUUGGAGCAGAACCUAAAGCGAAGGAAAGUGAAAAGUGAGGUCAUAAAACUUUUCCAUAGUACUGCAAGAGUAUACAGGCGCAAAGAAUUUGAUCUAUACAUGUCAGAUAUAGCAAAAGUAGAUAAGAAGACUUAUGACUACUUGAUGGAAGAACCACCGGAAAGAUGGGCACGUUCUUGUAGUCCACGACGAAGAUAUGACAUGCUCACAACAAACAUAGUUGAGUUAAUCAAUUCUGUGCUAUUAGAAGCAAGGGAGCUGCCUAUAUUAAGAAUGAUGGAUUUCAUACAAGUGAAGCUACAACGUUGGUUUUAUGAAAGAAGAAAUAAAUCAGAAGGAACUUUUUAUGAUGUUUCUUGUUGGGUCUUCCCUGUUGAUUCAUGGCGUUCUAUAGUUGAGGAAGAAGGAAUUACUUUCUUGGCGGACUUAAACAAAAGGACAUGUGAUUGUUUUCAGUUUCAAUUUGAUGAAUUACCAUGCAUACAUGCAAUUGCAGCUAUCAAGAAGAGAAACAUCAAGAAGUCCAACUUUUGCUCGCACUGGUACUUAAAGGAAUCUUGGCUGAAAACAUAUGAAAGACAAAUACAUCCUGUAGGACAUACUGAUUCUUGGAUUGUACCAGAGAGUGUUAAGUCACAAAUUAUUAAACCUCCAAAUUUCAAAGUUCCACCGGGUAGAAGGCAGAAGAAAAGGCAUAUUCCAGCUACCGAGUCAUCAAAAAUAACAUUCAAAUGUGGUCGUUGCAGAAGAAUUGGUCAUAAUAGAACAGCUUGUAUAUAUUCUCCGGCAGUCCAUCCAUUUUCAAGGAAGCAUAGAGAAUAG